AUGGUCAUCUCCUCUCCCCACACCGACGUAUUCAUCCCAAACACGGAUAUAUGGUCGCUCCUUUUCGAGAAGAAGGAAGCGGGCAGAAAGAUUGAUAACAACAAAGAACUCUUCAUUGACGGAGACACAAAGCGAUCAUAUACUUAUGGCCAGCUCAAGGAUGCCACAGUUGCCUUUGGAAAGGGUCUGAAGUCGCAAUGGGGCUUCAAGAAGGGCGAUGUACUUGGCAUCUUCUCCCCCAAUAACAUUGACUACGGCGCCGUCUGCUGGGGUGCCCUAUGGGCCGGUGGUGUCUGCUCGACCGCCAACCCGACCUACACGGUCAAGGAACUCGCCUUUCAGCUCAAGGACUCCAACGUCAAGGGUGUCGUGACGCAGGUUCCCAUGCUACCCGUGUUGCUCGAGGCGGCCAAGCAGAUUGGCCUGCCCGAGGACCGCAUCCUGCUCAUGGGCGACGAGAGGGAUAACGCGGGCAAGUUUAAGCAUUUCACCGACCUCCAGGACACGAGCUUGUUGUUUUCACACUCCCGGACAAGGAUCGACCCUCAAAAGGACCUCUCCUUCCUGGUGUACUCCUCGGGAACGACCGGACUCCCCAAGGGUGUCAUGUUGAAGCACUCCAACAUUGUGGCCAACGUUAUUCAGUCGACAACCGUAGAAGCGCGGAGCGGUCUCUACCCCACAGGCGGUCUCGACGGGCAGGGCGAUAAGCAGUUGGCUGUCCUGCCCUUUUUCCACGUAUACGGUCUCGUGAAUAUUCUCCACGCUGCAGUGCACGACGGCUACCAAGCUGUUGUGCUGGCAAAAUUCGAAUUGGAAAAGUUCUGCAAGCUUGUUCAAGAGUAUGGCAUUACGUUUGCCUACAUUCCACCCCCAAUCGUCCUCGGGCUCGCGAAGCAUCCUAUUGUGGACAAGUACGACCUAUCAACCAUAAAGUGGCUCAACUCGGGAGCAGCACCCUUGACGCAUGAACUCAUUAAUGGUGUCUGGGAGCGUCUGACCAUUCCCGUGAAACAAGGUUAUGGUCUGUCAGAAGUAUCGCCCGUGGCGCUACUCCAAACAGUCCUUGAAUGGGCUAAAUACAAGGGCUCCGUGGGCAAACUCAUUCCCAAUAUGACUUGCCGCGUUGUCGAUCUAGAAGGAAACGAUGUCAAGCAAGGCGAGGAGGGCGAAAUUUGGCUGAAAGGCCCCAACGUCUUUUCGGGCUACCUCAACCGACCCGAGCUCGCCAAGGAUACUUUCAGUGCCGACGGCUGGUUCAAGACUGGUGAUAUUGGUUACAUGGAUGACAAGGGCAACUUCUUUGUUACAGACCGUCUUAAGGAGCUUAUCAAGUACAAGGGUUUCCAAGUGCCACCUGCCGAGUUGGAGGGCGUUCUUUUGGGACAUACCGACAUUACGGAUUCUUGUGUGAUUCCAGUCUACGAUCAGGAGCGCGCUACCGAAAUCCCCCGCGCCUACGUUGUGGUUAGGCCCGGCAUUGAGCGGACAGACGAAAAGGCCAAGGAGAUUGUCGACUGGAUCUCCUCAAAGGUCGCUCCUCACAAGCAACUUCGCGGUGGAGUACGAUUCGUUGAUGAAGUGCCAAAGAACGCAAGCGGCAAGCUUUUGCGUAGAGUGCUCAAGGAGCAGGCCAAAGCUGAGGAGAAAGCCAAGGGACCAAAGUUGUAG